AUGGAGCCCCAACGGCAGAUAGACAAGCGACUGGACAUCCCUGACCAUGUGCAUUACAUCAUCGCCUUCAUCAUCCUCAUCAUCGGCACGUUAGGGGUCACCGGAAACACGCUGGUCAUGUUCGCCUUCUACAGUAAUAAAAAGCUGAGAAGUCUGCCAAAUUAUUUUAUAAUGAAUCUGGCGGUGAGCGAUUUCCUCAUGGCCAUCACACAAUCUCCAAUUCUCUUCAUCAACAGCCUGUAUAAAGAGUGGAUGUUUGGAGAACUGGGAUGUAAAAUAUAUGCGUUCUGUGGUGCUUUGUUUGGCAUCACCUCAAUGAUAAAUCUGUUGGCCAUCUCUAUCGAUCGAUAUCUGGUCAUCACCAAACCACUGCACACCAUCCAGUGGAACUCCAAACGCAGAACAUCUCUGGCCAUCCUCUCCAUCUGGAUCUAUUCGCUGGCCUGGAGUCUCGCACCUCUCAUGGGAUGGAGUUCAUACAUCCCUGAAGGUUUGAUGACGUCAUGCACGUGGGAUUACGUGUCUCAGAAUCCAGCGAGCAGAAGUUACACUAUGAUGCUGUGCUGUUUUGUCUUCUUCAUCCCGCUGGCUGUUAUCCUCUACUGUUACUUGUUGAUGUUCCUCUCCGUCCGUCAGGCCGGCAGAGAUCUGAAACGGCUCUCUCAGAAGUCGGGUUAUGUGAAGCAGCAGUCCAUGAAGAGCGAGUGGAGACUGGCUAAAAUAGCCGCCUUGGUCAUAGUGGUGUACGUUCUGUCCUGGGCGCCCUACGCCUGCGUCACACUCGUCGCCUGGGCCGGGUACGCAAACAUCCUCACGCCGUACUCGAAAACACUGCCAGCCAUCCUCGCCAAAUCAUCUGCCAUCUACAACCCUUUCAUAUACGCUAUCGUUCACAGCAAAUACCGAGCCACACUAGCUGAGAAGGUUCCAGGUUUAUCCUGUCUGUCUCGCGUUCAGAAGGACUGUCUCACUUCUUCCACAAACAGCGACACAUCAUUUCACGAGAGUCACUUUAGCAGACAAGCGUCUGUCUACGCCAACAAACUCCACACAACCACACACAACUCCUGUACUAUGGUCAUGGGAGAACUGAAGCGGAUGAAGAAAAAGUCACAUGUGUCCACAGCAUCAUCUGUCAAGCAGAAGACCAUCAUCAAAUCUUCCUCACUGACCACGGAGAAGCCUGCCGUUCAGAUGAAAGAAUCUCUUAGCCUGUGUGAGCGAGAUCUUGUCUCCAUGGCAACUGCACCGAUGGUCAUCUGCAAUACAAAAAACAGGAGUGUGGACAUGACCUCUGACCUCCCGAUUGACUCCUCUGACACAUCGCGUCAGUCCAGCUUCUGA